AUGUUCAACCAGAGCCUGGAGGGCAUCCAACUACCCAGCAGCCUGCAGAGUUUGACGUUUGGUGCUAUGUUCAACCAGAGCCUGGAGGGCAUCCUAUUCCCCAGCAGCCUGCAAAGUCUGACAUUUGGCAGCAUGUUCAACCAGAGCUUGAAUCAGACUGUGACGUUUGGAUACGGCUUUAACCGGAGUUUGGACGGCAUCCAACUUCCCAGCAGCCUGCAGAGUCUGACGUUCGGCUUCGACUUCAACCAGAGCCUGGAGGGCAUCCAGCUACCCAGCAGCCUGCAGAGUUUGACGUUUGGUGACUUGUUCAACCAGAGCCUGGAUGGCAUUCAGCUACCCAACAGCCUGCAGAGUUUGACGUUUGGCGGCAUGUUCACCCAGAGCUUGCAUGGCAUCCAGCUACCCAGCAGCCUGCAGAGUUUGACGUUUGGCCGCACGUUCAACCAGAGUUUGGAUGGUAUCCAGUUACCCAGCAGCCUGCGAAGUCUGACGUUUGGCGGCAUGUUCACCCAGAGCUUGGAUGGCAUCCAACUACCCAGCAGCCUGCAGAGUUUGACGUUUGGCCGCAAAUUCAACCAGAGUUUGGACGGUAUCCAACUACCCAGCAGCCUGCAAAGUCUAACGUUUAGCUUCGACUUCAACCAGAGCCUGGAGGGCAUCCAGCUACCCAGCAGCCUGCACAGUUUGACGUUUGGUGACUUGUUCAACCAGAGCCUGGAUGGCAUUCAGCUACCCAACAGCCUGCAGAGUUUGACGUUUGGCGGCAUGUUCACCCAGAGCUUGCAUGGCAUCCAGCUACCCAGCAGCCUGCACAGUUUGACGUUUGGCCGCACGUUCAACCAGAGUUUGGAUGGUAUCCAGUUACCCAGCAGCCUGCGAAGUCUGACGUUUGGCGGCAUGUUCACCCAGAGCUUGGAUGGCAUCCACCUAACCAGCAGCCUCAAGAGUUUGACGUUUGGCAGUUGUUUCAACCGGAGUUUGGACGGCAUCCAAUUACCCAGCAGCCUGCAAAGUCUGACGUUUGGCGACAUGUUCAACCAGAGCCUGGAUGGCAUCCAACUACCCAGCAGCCUGCAGAGUUUGACGUUUGGCCGCACAUUCAACCGGAGUUUGGACGGUAUCCAAUUCCCCAGCAGCCUGCUAAGUUUGACGUUCGGCUUCGACUUCAACCAGAGCCUGGAGGGCAUCCAGCUACCCAGCAGCCUGCAGAGUUUGAGGUUUGGUGACUUGUUCAACCAGAGCCUAGAGGGCAUCCAGCUACCCAGCAGCCUGCAGAGUUUGGCAUUUGGCAGCGCGUUCAACCAGAGCUUGGAAGGAAUCCAGAUACAGGGCCACAGGGCAUUCUUGGGCGUGAAGGUCUAUAGGGAAGUGCAGUCCCCGAAGACGGCGAAUGCAGAGGAGUUGCGAAAGCUUGCUGACCCGCGAGGCUUUGCGCAGCCUCUGCUCACUUCUUCCGUGUCAGCUGUGGGCGUCUCGUACCUCGCCCGAUGCAUCUUUAUAGCUCGCAAGUCACAGGUGGCAGGAAGUGCAUCCAACCGCCUCCUUGGGGCCGCUGUUGGAGGUGUCUACUUCGUGACUCUGGGAUUUGCCAACGGUUGGCUCCGUUAUGCCGAGGUGCUGGAAGCAUUGAUGCUGCCGGAGAGCACGGACACGGAGUUCGCCAGCAGCUUGCGGGUGCUCGCGCGGACAAAGGCUCCGCCGGAGACGCGUGCAUGGCUGGACGAUGGGGAGCAGAGGCUCCUCAGGGGCUGA